GCCUUUUGGCAUCAAGAGGUGCCGGUGAAGAAAGAAAAAAUAAGUCUAGUCAACCGCCCACCACAGGAGACUGGGGGGGAUGUUCCACCAUCCUGGAUUUACAGCCAUUUCAAGGAUAUUUGAGGACAAACACGACAUUUUUAUUCACUGUUUUUCGGUGGGAUUUCUAACCAACACUGACACCAGAGGAGGAGCAGGCUGUCGUCCGGAAAACAGAAGUUUGUAAGUCCACAUGAUUCAACGCUAGUUUCACCUGAGUGGCUGAAGAUUCAAGGAACACAAAAUGGAUCCGAACCUGUUUGGAGGAGCCCCCAGAUUUCUUACUCGCCCAAAGGCAUUCUCGGUGUGUGCAGGCAAAGAUGCCACACUCAGCUGUACCAUCGUGGGUAAUCCCACCCCUCUGAUCACCUGGGAGAAAGACAAGCUGAAGCUGACAUCUGGGGGCCGCUUCAAGAGAGUGGAGGAUGGCGAUGUGUAUCGUUUGACCAUCUACAAUCCAACUCUGGAGGAUAGCGGACAGUACAUAUGCCGGGCCAAGAACAGUGUAGGGGAGGCUUAUGCUGCUGUAACCAUCAAAGUGGCCUUGCCAACAGAGAUGCCUCAAAGGGCCCCCGUUUUCACAUUGAAGCCGACUUCUACACGUGUGGGUUUGGGAGGGGAUGUUGUUUUCCAGUGCCGGGUUGUGGCUUUCCCUGAGGCUAACUUUGAGUGGGAAAAGGAUGGGCGCUACCUGGGGGAGACAAACCGCAUCAGAGUUGUUUCUGACACUGACAGCAGCACCUUGAAGAUCCAAAGUGUACGAAACCUGGACAGCGGCACCUACACCUGCAGGGCCCAGAACACCGUUGGCCGCGCACAUGCUGCAGCAGCUCUCGUCGUCGAUGCCCAGGAUGCCCACUAUCUGGCUUCAGACAAGGACACUUCUCGUCUCACUCACCUACAAAAGCGCAAGGAGGAGAUGAAUAAGGACAUCUCAAUCUAUCGUACUGAAGAAAGCUCUUCAUUUUCCUCCUCCAAGGCUAACAUCUCAGAUAGUUUGAGCUCUCUGAGUCUGGAGCAUGAGCUGAGGGCAUCUGUGCUCGCAAAGCUGCCCAAAGGUGUCUUCACCCGUACCUGCACAGUGACUGAGGGCAAGCAUGCCAAACUCAGCUGCUUUGUGACAGGUCACCCCAAACCUCACAUUAUCUGGAGGAAGGAUGGAAUAAACAUCAGCGAGGGCCGUAGGCAUGUCAUUUAUGAGGACCAAGCUGAGAACUUCAUCCUCAAGGUCUUGUACUGCAAGCAAACUGACAAUGGUCUCUACACUUGCAAUGCAACCAAUAUGGCGGGGCAGACCUACAGUGCUGUGUUGGUAACAGUCAAAGAGCCUAAGGUGCCAUUCAGGAGGAAGCUGCAAGAUGUUGACGUGCAAGAGAAAACAUCAGCCAUACUGAUGUGUGAGGUGCCUCUCACUAUCACUCACGCCAACUGGUUCAUGGAGGAAACAAUGCUUGAGCAAAGUACCAAAUAUCGAAUGGAGGAGGAGGGCACCUUGCGACGUCUCACCAUCCACAAUGUCACCAUGAACGAUGAUGGGGUCUACAUCUGUGAAAUGAAAGAAGGCAGCCGCACUGUGGCUGAGCUCACUGUCCUGGGCAAUAUUACCAAGAAGCUCCCCCGGCGGACGAUAGUUCCUGUCAGUGACACUGUCAUUUUUUGUGUGGAGCUGGAGCAUCCCUACGCAGACGCCUACUGGACCCGCAAUGGGGAGAAGCUGAAAGAAGAUUCCCGAAUUUCCAUUGCCUGUGUGCUAAGACAGUACACCCUCACCAUCAGAGAGUGCCAGGCAGAUGACUCAGGAGAAGUGGCCUUUGUGGCUGGAGACUGCAAGACAUCCACGCGAUUCACUGUCACUGCUGCAAGGAAGCAUCCCCCCGAUCCCCCAGUUGAUGCUGUGGUGCAUAACAAGACUGACUCAUCCAUCACCAUUCAGUGGUCUCCACCUGAAAGCGAUCGUCCUGUGCCAAUUAAGAGUUAUAUUGUAGAAAGAAGAAAAAUUGCCACUCAGACAUGGCAGAGGUGCAAUGCUGGGGAAACCCUCAUUUCCACAGAGAUCACCAUCUCCAACUUCAAAGAAGAAGCCACCUACCAAUUCCGUAUCUCUGCAAUGAAUGAUUUUGGCCAGAGUCCCUACCUGGAGGUGCCUGGAAGCUUCUACCUUGAACCGACAGCAGAAAUCAGGAAAGGCCUGAAUAACAACACUGCAUUCUCUGGCGAGGAGUUCUCUGUCUCUGUGGAGCUGUCUGCUGUUUGUUCCGGGUUCUGGUCUCUAAAUGGCCGCCUCCUGCGCAGUGGAGCUGAUUACCUCAUCACCAGGUCCAAGACCACACACACUCUGCUCAUCCGUGUCGUGACCAUGGAAAUGAACGGAACUGAAAUCAAGUUUGUGGGGGGAGGUUCACAAAGCAGUUGUAUCAUGUCUGUGAAAGCUCCUCCUGUUAGGUUCACUAACAAGUCACAUGUGAUGGAGGUGGUGACAUGCAAGGCCCAAGCCUCUGCUCAGCUGACCGCUGAAGUGUCAGAUUACGAGACGCAGGUGGUUUGGAUGAAGAAUGGGCGAGAGUUGAAAAUGGGCAAGAAGUAUGAAUACGUCAUCACCGAUCACAAGAGAAUCUUGAUGGUGCACAAUGUCACAGAGGAAGAUGUGGGCAUCUACGAGUGUGUUUUAGCUGAUGACAAGAUGUCCCUGCAACUCUCUCUUAAAGAUGAACCUGCCAAGUUUCUGAACAAGGCCAGAGGUCCCAUGGGAGCGUCAACGUCCCUUAAAGGAGAUCUGGAACUAAGCUGUGAGGUAUCUCCUGCAAGUGCUAUCGUUGUGUGGAGAAAAGAUCAGGUGGAGAUCACUGAGGACCAAAGAACUACCUUCAUCUCCAAAGGGACUCAAAGGAAACUCAUCAUCAAGAAUGCCAAGAAAAUCGAUGAAGGACAUUACUCCUGUGAGACAGCAGCAGACAAAAUCACAUUCCAGGUCAAGAUAAAAGAAACUCAAGCCUUGGCGGCCUUCUCCAACAAGGAGUCAGUCCAGACGGAGGUGAAAGCCACUCUUUCCCAGAAAGCAACUCUUAGUUGCGGUGUGUCGGAUAGCAAGACAGAGGUGAAGUGGUACAAAGAUGGAAAGCUGUUGAUUUCCAGCAGGACCAUAUACUCAGAAGUAAAAGGCAACACUCGUCAGCUGGUGAUUGAAAAAGUUGAAAAAAGUGAUGCAGGAGAAUAUACCUGUGAAGCUGGAGGUGAUAAGUUGGUUUUCAAGUUAUCUGUGUCAGAGGCCCAGUCAGCCUUCUUCAACAAAGAGUCAGUCCACAGGGAGGUGAAAUCUAUUAUCUCUCAGAAAGCUAUUUUAAGCUGUGAAGUAGCUGAUACAAAGACCGAAGUGAAAUGGUAUAAGGAUGGCACACUCCUCACUUCCAGUAGGACAAUCCAUGCAGAAUCGAAGGGCAAGAGUCGCCAGCUGGUUUUUGACAGCGUGGAGAAAAAAGAUGUCGGAGAGUACAUCUGUGAGGCAGGGACAGAGAAGUUGGCUUUUAAGAUUCAGGUGACAGAGCCCCAGUCUUACUUCUUCAGCAAAGAGUCAGUCCAGAAGGAGGUGAAAGCCACUCUCUCCCAGAAGGCUUCUCUGAGCUGCGAGGUCUCUGAUUCAAAGACAGAGGUGAAAUGGUACAAGGAUGGCAAGGUCCUCACUUCUACCAGGGCAAUCCAUGUAGAGUCGAAGGGAAAGAGUCGCCAGCUGGUGAUUGACAGUGUUGAGAAGAAGGAUGCUGGAGAGUACAUCUGUGAGGUUGGGACAGAGAAGUUGGUCUUCAAACUCCAGGUGGCAGACACACAGAUUCAGUCUGCAUUCUCCAAAAAGGAGUCUGUCCAAAAGGAGGUGAAAACUACUCUCUCCCAGAAAACCACACUGAGCUGUGAGGUAGCUGAUACCAAGACAGAAGUGAAAUGGUAUAAGGAUGGCAAGCUGCUCACCUCCAGCAAGACAAUCCAUGCUGAGUCUAAGGGCAAGAGUCGCCAGCUGGUGAUAGACAGUGUGGAGAAGAAGGAUGCAGGAGAGUACAUCUGUGAGGUUGGGACAGAGAAGUUGGUCUUCAAACUCCAGGUGGCAGACACACAGAUUCAGUCUGCAUUCUCCAAAAAGGAGUCUGUCCAAAAGGAGGUGAAAACCACUCUCUCCCAGAAAACCACACUGAGCUGUGAGGUAGCUGAUACCAAGACAGAAGUGAAAUGGUAUAAGGAUGGCAAGCUGCUCACCUCCAGCAAGACAAUCCAUGCUGAGUCUAAGGGCAAGAGUCGCCAGCUGGUGAUAGACAGUGUGGAGAAGAAGGAUGCAGGAGAUUACAUUUGUGAGGUUGGGACUGAGAAGCUAGGUUUUACGAUUCACGUGGCAGAGAUUCAGGCCAAGCCGGCCUUCUCCAACAAGGAAUCCAUCCAAAAGGAGGUGAAAGCUACUCUCUCCCAGAAAGCCACGAUGAGCUGUGAGGUAGCUGAUACCAGCACAGAGGUGAAAUGGUACAAGGAUGGCAAGCUGCUCCCCUCCACCAAGACAAUCCAUGCAGAGUCUAAGGGCAAGGCGCGCCAGCUGGUGGUUGAAAAAAUUGAGAAAAAAGAUGCUGGAGAGUACAUAUGCGAGGCUGGUACAGAGAAGCUGGUAUUCAAGCUUCAGGUUACAGAUGUAGCUGUCAAGUUCCAGAAGAGGCCUGUCAAAGACACAUGCACUGUUCAAGCAAGUGAACUGAUAGUUUUGACCACUGAGCUGACCACAGAGAGUGGUAGUGUAAAGUGGUAUAGAGAUGGUGUGGAGGUCAAGGAGGGCAACAAGUAUGAAAUGAAAAAAGAUGGACGCUCUCGUUCCCUGAUAGUAAAAUCCACUGAAAGUAAAGACAGUGGUACAUAUACCUGUCAGACAGCUGAUGACAAACUGGAUUUCAAAGUACAGGUUAAAGAUUCAGCUUUGAAGUUUGUUGUCCCCUUGAAAUCUGUUGAAGUGGAGUUGGGGGGCACACUCAGCCUGAUGUGUGAACUAAAUCAAGCCUCAGGGGAUGUUGUCUGGCACCAUGAUGGUCAUGAAAUUAAACCUGGAGGCAGUUACUGUGUCAGGACUGAUGGUACCAAGCGAAUCCUCACUGUGAGUGCCAUGGCUAAGGAGGAUGAUGGAGAAUACAGCUGUGAAUGUCGAAAUGACAAGACCUCUGCCAAAAUCUCCUCAAAAGCACCCAGAGUUGUAAGGUUGACCACCAAACUGAACAAUGUGGCUGCAGUGGAAGGAAAACAAGCCAUUUUCAAGUGCUCAGUCACCCCAGCAGAUCUCAGUGUGAAAUGGUUCCACAACAAUAUACCCAUCACUGCCGGACCCAAGUAUAAGCUUGAGCAUGGUGGCAACACUUACUCACUCACCAUCAUGUCUGUCACCCAGACAGAUGCUGGAGAGAUUAGCAUUGAUGCUGAAGGCAAAAGCUGUAAAGCUACUUUACAAGUCCAACAUGAGCCUGUUACAUUUAAGAAAAAGCUGGAAAACCUGACAGUAGAGGAGCAGAGUGAAGUGAAGCUGGAGGUGGAGCUCAGUAAGGUAUCAGAUGAAGUGAAGUGGAUGAAGAACAGCGUCGUGCUGCAGCCUGCUGGAAACCUGGAGAUUCGGGUGAAUGGAGCCAAACAGGCACUGGUCUUCAAGAGUGUGACUUAUGCUGACCGUGGCAUCUACUCCUGUGAAACUCUGGAUGACAAGACCCAGGCUAAACUCAGCGUAGAGAGAAGGGUGAAGAAGAUUCAGGUGGUUAAGGGCCUAAAAGAAACUAAGUCAUAUGAGACGGAGACAGUAACACUUGAGGUCGAACUUAGCCAGGCUGAUGUUGAAGGCUCGUGGACAAGAGACGGGGCCAGAUUAAAGUCAGGGGCGAACUGCAGAAUCACAGCUUUGGGGAAGAAGCAUGCGCUCACAUUGUCCAAUAUCAAGAGAGAAGAUGCAGGAAUAAUUGCAUUUCAAGCAGAUGGUAUCCAUACAUCUGGCAAACUGAUUGUCACAGAGCCGCCUGCCAUGAUCUCCAAGCCCAUUAUAGAUAUCAGUGUUCCUGAGAAGGAGAAGGGUACUUUUGAAUGUGAAGUGUCCAGAACAAAUGCAGAUGUUAAAUGGUUCAAGGGUGACGUGGAACUGAAACCAGGGAAAAGCAUUAGCAUCCACACCUUGGGCCGAAAGCGUUCUUUGGUCAUCAACAAAUGCUCCCCUGAAGAUACAGGCACUUACAUCUGUCGCACCACUGAUGACAACACCUCGGCCAAGCUCACCGUUAAUGCCCGAGAUAUCAAGAUAAUUAAGAAACUGGAGAAUGUGGAGGUGAUGGAGAAGGAGAGUGCCGCAUUUGUCUGUGAAAUCUCACAUGAUGAAGUGGACUGCCAGUGGUACAAAGGAAGUACUAAACUCAAAGUCAGUGACAACAUUAAGAUGAGACAAGAGGGCAGAAACUAUGUACUGCUGUUCAAGUCUGUCUCCCCAGAGGAUAUGGGCGAUAUUAAAUUCACAGCUGAGAAGGCCUCUUCAACUGCAAAACUCAAAGUUAAAGAGCUGCCUGUCACGUUUGUGAAGAAACUCAGGGAUAAGAUAGCGAUGUAUAAGCAUCGUGGUUAUCUUGAAUGCCAAGUGUCACGUGCCAGUGCAAAAGUGAAGUGGUACAAGAACAAGGCAGAAAUUAAACCCAGCAAGAAGUACGAGAUCACAAGUGAGGAUAUCUACCGAAAACUCACCAUCAACGAUGUGGAUGCCGGGGAUGAGGACACAUAUACCUGUGAUGCCACUGACGACAAAACAUCCUGUAAACUGCUUGUAGAAGAGCAGUCCAUCAGCAUUGUGCGGGAGCUUAGUUCAGUAGAAGUGACAGAACCCUUUGCAGCUGUUUUUGAAGCUGAGAUCAGCGUGGAACUGGUGAAACCUCCUACAUGGACUCUGAAUGGAGUUGCUGUGCAGGAGAGUGCUGAUGCAGAAAUGGAGAGAGAGGGCAUGAUGCACCGUCUCACUUUCAAAAAGACCAAAGCAUCAAUGACGGGACCUGUGCAAUUUACAGCUGGGAAGAGCAAAUCUCUUGCCCAACUCACAGUAAAAGAGCGCCCACUUGAGAUUGCAGAGCCCAUCAAGGACGUGAAAGCAAAGGAGAAAAGUGCAGCCCUGUUCAGCUGCAAGUUUUCUGCAUCUCCAAAAGAGGUUACAUGGUUUAAAGGCCAGGUUCCUCUGGCAGCAUCAGACAAGUAUAACAUGAAGCAAGACGGUACAAGGGCUCAGCUCACCAUUCAAAACCUAACAGAGGAAGACAGUGGAGAGUACCGCUGUCUGUCCGGACCUGCAGAGACCAAAGGCAAACUUACUGUUGAAGUGCGUGAAAUUAAAAUCACCAAGCACUUGGCAGACACGGAGGUUGAUGAAGACAACGAUGCAGUGUUUGUGUGUGAGAUUAACUAUGCAGAUGAGGAGGCACAGUGGUUCCUGAAGGAUAAGGUGCUCUUCACCAAUGAAGUCAACACCAUCACUCAUGAGGGGAAGGUUCAUAAGCUCAUGCUGAAGAACUUGGCACCCCAGGAUGGGGGCACUAUCACUUUUAAAGUACGCAAGGUUAAAGAGUCUGUUACACUCAAGGUUAAAGAGAAGCGUGCUGUCUUCCUCAAGUCUCUAGACGAUGUCAUAGGUGAGGAAAAAGGUAUGAUAACUCUGGCGUGUGAGGCGUCCAAGCCCAGAGUUUCUCCCACAUGGAGGAAAGAGGGUAAAGUCUUGAAGGCGGGGCCAAAGUAUGAGCUUCUUCACACAGGAAAGUCUUUGGGACUUAUCAUCAAGGAUGUCACCAAAGAUGACGCUGGGGAAUACAUGUGUGAUCUGGGGACUGAAGUUUCUAAAGCAAAGGUCACUGUAAGAGAGAUAGGUAUUGGAAUCACCAAGUGGCUGAAGCCAGCUGAGGUGAAUGAGGGAGAGACAUGCAGCUUUGAGUGCAUCCUGUCUCGUGAGAACACUGACGAGUGCUCCUGGACUCUUAAUGGCCAAUCCAUUUCAAAUGGAGGCCGUUACAAAGUCACCAGCAAAGGCCGCAAGUACAUGCUAACAAUUAAGGAUGUCACCCCAUCUGAUGCCGGUGAGGUGGUCUUCAACAUUAAAGACUUGAGCUCCAAAACCACAUUAACAGUGGAAGGCAGAGCUUCAUCUGUGUCCAAAGGACUACAAAAUGUUAGUGCUGUUCAAGGAGAAGAUGCUGUAUUUACCUGUGAGGUAACACAAGCUAGCUACACUGUAAGGUGGGCAAAGGAAGACAAAGCCAUCAAAAAGAGCCAGAAGUAUGCCAUCAGCCAAGAAGAUAAGGUCAUGAAGCUCACCAUUCAUGAUGUCUCUGCUCAAGACUCUGGAGAGUACAUCUGUGAAGUCGUUGGAGGUGCAACAACCAAAGCCCAACUGGAAGUUAAAGAUCCCAUCCAUAAAUUCAUUAAACCAUUAAAAGACAGCCAGGCGGAUGAGAAAAGUUGCGUGACUUUGCAGUGCGAGACGGCGCAAAUCCCAUCCACAGUGAUAUGGCUUAAAGGUCACACAGAGCUCAAGUCAGGAGGGCGAUAUGAGAUGUCCCAGAAAGACGGGUCCCUAAAGCUCACCAUCAGACACUUGGAGGAGGAAGACACUGAUAUCUACACUUGUGAUGUGGUCACUGCAAAGAGCAUGGCAAAGGUGACAGUCAAAGCAUUGCCACCGACCUUCACACAGAGCCUGAAGAACCAAGAAGCAGAGGAGGAAGCCAGUGUUACUUUGAGCUGUGAGCUCUCUAAAGCUGGAGUCCCAGUGGAGUGGAAGAAGGGAUCACAGGUCCUGAAGUCUGGAGAAAAGUAUCAGAUGAAGCAGAGAGCAUCUAUGAAUGAACUUCUCAUCAACAAGGUGUUGCCAGAAGACAGUGGAGACUACAGCUGUGUGUGUGGAGACCAGAAGACCACAACAAGCCUCAAGGUCAAGGCCCAACCAGCAACCUUCAAACAGAAGUUGGAGAGCCAGGAAGCAGAGGAGGGCACCAGUGUUACUCUGUUCUGUGAGCUCACUAAAGCUGGAGUCACAGUGGAGUGGAAGAAGGGAGCACAGUUGCUGAAGUCUGGAGAAAAGUACCAGAUGAAGCAGAAGGCAUCUGUGAAUGAACUCAUCAUCAACAAGGUGUUGCCAGAAGACAGUGGAGACUACAGCUGUGUGUAUGGAGACCAGAAGACCACAGCCAGUCUGAAGGUCAAGGCCCAACCAGCAACCUUCAAACAGAAGUUGGAGAGCCAGGAAGCAGAGGAGGGAACCAGUGUUACUCUGCGCUGUGAGCUCACUAAAGAUGGAGUCACAGUGGAGUGGAAGAAGGGAGCACAGGUGCUGAAGUCUGGAGAAAAGUGCCAGAUGAGGCAGAGAGCAUCUAUGAAUGAACUCAUCAUCAACAAGGUUGUACCAGAAGACAGUGGAGACUACAGCUGUGUGUGUGGAGACCAGAAGACCACAGCCAGCCUCAAGAUCAAGGCCCAACCAGUAAUCUUCAAAAAGAAGUUGGAGAGCCAGGAAGCAGAGGAGGGAGCUGACAUUACUCUGAGCUGUGAGCUCUCUAAAGCUGGAGUCCCAGUGGAGUGGAAGAAGGGAUCACAGGUCCUGAAGUCGGGAGAAAAGUACCAGAUGAAGCAGAAGGCAUCUGUGAAUGAACUCAUCAUCAACAAGGUGUUGCCAGAAGACAGUGAAGACUACAGCUGUGUGUGUGGAGACCAGAAAACAACAGCAAACCUUAAAGUCAAGGCCCAACCAGUAAUCUUCAAAAGGAAGUUGGAGAGCCAGGAAGCAGAGGAGGGAGUCAACAUCACUCUGAGUUGUGAGCUCUCUAAAGCUGGAGUCCCAGUGGAGUGGAAGAAGGGAUCACAGGUCCUGAAUUCUGGAGAAAAGUACCAGAUGAAGCAGAAGGCCUCUGCGAAUGAACUUCUCAUCACCAAGGUGUUGCCAGAAGACAGUGGAGACUACAGCUGUGUGUAUGGUGACCAGAAGACCACAGCCAGUCUGAAGGUCAAGGCCCAACCAGCAACCUUCAAACAGAAGUUGGAGAGCCAGGAAGCAGAGGAGGGAACCAGUGUUACUCUGCGCUGUGAGCUCAAUAAAGAUGGAGUCACAGUGGAGUGGAAGAAGGGAGCACAGGUGCUGAAGUCUGGAGAAAAGUGCCAGAUGAGGCAGAGAGCAUCUGUGAAUGAACUCAUCAUCAACAAGGUGGUACCAGAAGACAGUGGAGACUACAGCUGUGUGUGUGGAGACCAGAAGACCACAGCCAGCCUCAAGAUCAAGGCCCAACCAGUGACCUUCAAACAGAAGUUGGAGAGCCAGGAAGCAGAAGAGGGAACCAGUGUUACUCUGCGCUGUGAGCUCACUAAAGAUGGAGUCACAGUGGAGUGGAAGAAGGGAUCACAGGUUCUGAAGUCUGGAGAAAAGUGCCAGAUGAGGCAGAGAGCAUCUGUGAAUGAACUCAUCAUCAACAAGGUGGUACCAGAAGACAGCGGAGACUACAGCUGUGUGUGCGGUGAUCAAAAGACUGUAGCCAGCCUCAAAAUCAAGGCCCAACCAGUGAUGUUCAAACAGAAGUUGGAGAGCCAAGAAGCAGAGGAGGGAACCAGUGUCACUCUGUCCUGUGAGCUCACUAAACCUGGAGUCCCAGUGGAGUGGAAGAAGGGAGCACAGUUGCUGAAAUCUGGAGAAAAGUACCAGAUGAAGCAGAAAGCCUCUGUGUGUGAACUCCUCAUCAACAAGGUGGUGCCAGAAGACACUGGAGACUACAGCUGUGUGUGUGGAGACCAGAAGACCACAGCCAGCCUCAAGAUCAAGGCUGCAAAGCCGUCAGCUCCUCUUUCACCUGCUAAACUGGAAACGAUAAGGCAGGACACCAAGGAAACAAUGGGAGCCAAGACCAUUGAAGUUUCAACCAUAGCUGUUAAAGACAAGCACACAUCCAUGCAGGAGAUACAUGAAAAAGUAGAAGUGGUGACUCUACAAACUACGGGACAGACUCCUCAACAUCAGCUCCUUCUACAGGAGAGUCACAGAGAUUCACAGGAAGUUAAGAAGACUGAUGCUGCAGUAUCUAUGAAGCAGUGGGCCACAGGGACAUUUACAGCAGAGAUGUCAACAGAUUCAGCAGUGACCUUCAAACUUCAACCUGAGGAGCAGGAAUCCAAAAAGAGGGUUGAAGUUCUUCCAGCCAUAUUCAUUCGAGAGCUAGAGAGCCUGGAGGCUGAGGAGGGAAGUAGUGUUACUCUUCACUGUGAGCUUUCUAAACCUGGACUCACUGUUGAGUGGAAGAAAGGAAGUGAAGUCCUUAGUUUGGGAGAAAAGUUCCAGAUGAGGCAGACAGGAUUCAGUUACGAGCUACAGAUCCACAACUUGACACCUGGAGAUGCAGGGAACUACACCUGCUGUUCAGAGGACACAACAAGCUCAUCCUCUCUUGCAGUAAUUGCUGCACCAGUCACAUUUACAAAAGAGUUGGAAAGCCUAACAGCUGAUGAGGGGGACAGUGUCACCCUGCACUGUGAGCUUUCUAAAUCUGGUGUUCUUUUGGAGUGGAGGAAAGGAGAACUUGGUCUUUGUCCUUGUGCCAAGUAUGAAAUUAGUCAGACAGGACAACUUGCCAUGCUAAUAAUCCAUGAUGUAGACCCACAGGAUUCUGGAAGUUACACAUGUGACACUGGUGACCAUCAAAGCACUGCACAAGUGUUUGUGAAGGCCCAGCCUGUCCUUUUUAAAACCCUGCUGCAGAACCUUGAAAGACAGGCAGGGGAGAUAGCUAGUCUCUGCUGUGAGACUACAAAACCGGGGGCUAUUGUGGUCUGGAGACGUGGUGACAGUGUGCUGGAAUCCACUAGCAAGUAUCACCUGAAACAGGAAGGGACGGUAGCCGAGCUUGUCAUCUACAAACUACGGGGUGCAGACUCAGGAGAAUACUCCUGUGAUACAGGCAGCCAGAGGACGUCAGCUGUUCUCACUGUGCGGGAGGCCGAGAUUAGCAUUCUGAAAUUCUUGGAGAGCUGCGUUGUCUUCGAGGGUGAAGAUGUCCACUUUGAGUGUCAGGUUUCUCACAAGGAAGUACCUUCGGCCCAGUGGAAGCUUCAGGGGGUCCCGCUACAGAAUAAUGAGAUGAACCUGAUCAAGACUGAGGGCCAAAUACACAGCCUCACACUCAGAGGUGUCACCACAGCUGACUCAGGAACAGUCACUUUCACAGUGGAAAACCACACGUCCACUGCUUCUCUUACAGUCAGAGCUGCUCCUGUGUCAUUCAAGAAGGAGCUUGAAAAUCAAGAGGCCAUUGAAGGAGGUAAAGCCAGCCUGUCCUGCGAGACAUCCAGUCCUGAUUGCAAGGUAAUCUGGCGAAAGGGCUCAUCUGUGCUCACCAGUGGGGAGAAGUACACUAUUGAGCAGCGAGCUACCACCCACACCCUGGUUAUACACAAGCUGAAUGUGGAGGACAGGGGGGAGUAUAUCAGCGAUACGGGAGACAAGAAAAGCACUGCAACACUGACUGUGAAAGAGCAUGUGCGCAUCAUCCGGGAACUCUGCGAUAUCACUGUUACCACCGGGCAAGAUGCAGUCUUUGAGGUUGAGCUGUCACAUUCAGGCGUGACAAAUGGGGAAUGGUGGCUUGGAGACAACCUGCUCCAAAAUAAUGACCUGAAUCAAAUGAGCAGCCAGGGCCGAGUGCACCGUCUGGUCCUGAAGAUGGUAACCACAGAUGAAUCAGGGGAUGUUGCCUUCGUAGUUGGAGAAGAGAAGAGUGUGGCCUGUCUGCUGGUGGAGGAGAAACCCAAAGUGCUAAUAAUAGAGAGACCACAAAACACUGUGGCAUUAGAAGAUGAAACUGUCACUCUGGCCUGUACCAUCUCCGACCCCAAGGCCACUGUCACCUGGAUGAGAAAUAACGUAGCCAUUCAAGCAGGUCUCAAAUAUGACCUGAAGAAGAGUGGAGCAUCCCAUCAGCUUCAUAUCUACCAUGUGUUACCUGAAGAUUCAGGAGUGUACACCUUUGACACUGGAGAUGCACAGUGUGAGGUCACCUUGACUGUGAAAGGUAUUCCAGUGUCCUUCCGGAAAGAGCUAAUGAACCAGGAUGCCAUGGAGGGUGAUGAUAUUAUCCUUCACUGUGAGCUGACUAAGCCAGGUGUUCGUGUUGAAUGGAGGAAAGGAGGCAUGAUCCUCCAGCCCAAUAAGAAGUAUGAGAUGAGGCAGGAAGGGUGUGUUCGAAAGCUCUGUAUAAAUAACGCGGAGCCUGACGACAGUGGCUACUACACCUGUGACGCAGGGGAUCAGCUCACUACAGCUUCUUUGGCAGUGCAAGUGAAAGAAGUCUACAUUGUUUCUGGUCUUAAGACCACCGACGUCUUUGUUGGGGAAUGGGCAACUUUCUCCUGCCAGCUGUCUGGUAGAGCACCUGGCAAGGUGUAUUGGUGGCUGGAUGGCACCUUGCUGGAGAACAGCCCUUUAAGUGAGAUAGGGAUGAGCCAAGGCCACAUCUACACACUCACCUUAAAGAACCUGGCCACAGAUGACUCUGGCACUGUCACAUUCAAAACUGACAAUUUAUCAUCAACCGCCAAGCUCUUAGUCAAAGAUCCCACAGUUGAAGUGGUGAGCGAGAUGGAGGACCUUUGUGUGGUCGAGAACCAACCGGCUGAGUUCAUCUGCCAGUACUCAAGACCAGUCAGGGCUCAGUGGAAGAAAGACGGGCAGCCAUUGCAGCCUGAUGGCCGAAGGGUGGUAGUGGAGCAGGACUGGAAUGUGGCUCGCUUGUACAUUAGCUGUGUGUCCGCUGAGGACAGAGGCACAUACUCCUGUGAGGCAGAGGGGACCUGUGUGUUUGCUUCACUUAAUGUGGAAGGCAAACCUAUUAACAUCGUUCAGGGUCUGGAGAAUGCAGAAACCUUUGAUGGAGGCGAAGCCCUGUUUGAGUGUGCCUUGUCUCGUCCUGAGAGUAAAGAUUUCCGCUGGCUUCUUGAUGGCAAACCAGUGAAGGAAUCUCCCAAUGCUGAGAUUGUUACAUUUGAGAGUGGUCGUCGUCAUCUGCUCCUUCUUAAAGAGUUGCAUGUUCAUGACAGUUGUACAGUGACAUUUAAAGCUGGCACAGCAUCCACAUCUGCCCAGCUCUCAGUCAAGGGAUGGAAGCUGGAUGUUGUUAAGGGUCUGGAAGACAAAGUGGCUGCUGUGGGAGAGAAGGUUGAGUUUUGUGUUGAGCUGACCGAGCCCAUACCAUCUACAGAAGUAGCUUGGUAUGCAAAUGGCGUUGAGCUCAAGCCCAGCGAUCUCUGGUCUAUGAGGGUUGAUGGCUGCUCUUAUCGCCUUGUCCUGAGAAAGGCACCACUUUUGCCCCAGCAGGAAAUUACAUUCGCUGCUCGAGAUGCUCUCUCUUUGGCUAAGCUUUCCAUCAUUGCUGUACCUGAUCCUCCAGAGGACCCAGAGGUCCUCAGUAAGACUAAAAAUUCUGUUAACCUCUCUUGGUUCACUCCACUACAUGAUGGAGGGAGUCCCAUUCUUGGCUACAAGGUGGAGAUGCGACUGGUAGACAGUGGUCUCUGGCUUCCAUGCCAUUCAGAACUUGUGUGCAACACAGAGUUUGUGGUUGAAAAUCUUAGCCCCGGGAGUAGCUACAGGUUUAGAGUAGCAGCCGUCAACAGAGCUGGGACUGGAGAGCCUGUUGAGUUGCCUCAGACUGUGCAGCUCGAACCAGCUGUGCAGCCACAAAUUGUCUCAGGUAUAAAGACAAAACAGGUAGAGACAGAGGCACUGGGACAGCCCAGUCUGCCUCCAGAAGCUGUUGAAGAGGGUGAUGUCCAUGAGCUAUGGGAGGAGUCGGCUAAAAAACGGCGCAUGAGUCAAGACCCCACUUUGGACUCCAUCACUGAACAACCUGAAGAGGGCGCUAAACGUGGUCAAACAAAAUCAGAACAGAAGGAAGUAAAGUCCUCAGAUGAAGCUGAAAUAAAAUCUAGAGAGAAGGAGCAAGUCACUGUGCCUGCGAAGCAGACUGAAUCCAAAGUGUGUGUCAGCUCAGAGGAUGAAUCUGUCCCGGGAGGCUCAUCACUUGUGUCCUAUCUCAAGAAGAGCAGCAAAUCUUCUGUCACUACGGCCACUGAAGGAGAGACAAUGACCCCUGAGAGGUUCUUUGCACAUUUCCAGAUGGCAGAGGAGAGAACAGUGCAUCAGACUGAAGUGAAAACAGCCACAAUUCAGCAGACAGAUACGAAACAGGUAUCUAAAGAGGAGACUGACGUAAUGGUAAUCAGUAAAGAAGAUGAGCCUGAUCUCAGAGAUGCUGCCAUUAAAAUUCAAGCUGCUUUUAAGGGUUACAAGGCCCGCAAGGACAUGCGACCUGUCUUCAAAGAUGUUUUCAAAGACCAGACCAAAGAACCAGGUGGCACAAUACAUCUGGAAUGUGUGGUAGAAGGUAAACCUGAAAAGGUGCGUUGGCUAAAGGAUGGAGAACCACUUACAGAUAGCAAGCACCACCAUAUUGAUAUUUAUAAUGAUGGUACUUGCUCACUGGUCAUCACUGCCAUCACCACAAAGGAUACUGGAGUUUACACUUGUGAAGUUACCAACAAGUUUGGAGUUGCCUCACACAGUAGUAAGGUGACAGUAGGAACAGUGAGAGAAUCGUCUAAACAACGGCCACUGACAGUGGGCUAUAGUGCUGACAGUGAGCCAGAGAGCUCCUCAGGCAGUGAAAUGGAUGAGUCACUGAGGCAGGCAAGCAAACGUCUGCGACGUCUGUUGCACACACGUCUCCCACCAAAUGUUGAAGAAGAACCAUUUAUCAGUGCAGAUGAAGGAGACCUGCGUCCCCCAGAUCCACACUCUUACCGUGAGGAUGACAGUUACAUAUACAUUCGCUUUGAUACGCGGACUGAUGCUGUAGUUGCCUCUAAGAGGUUCCAAGAGAUGUUUACAAUUCAUGGGGUUCCUGUAGAGACAGCCAUCCUGGAGGCAGGGCCUCUUAAAGUGGAGCUGCGUAUUAAAAAGAUGGGCUAUAUCCAAGAUGGCACACAGACCCCCACACAAGAAAGACAACCUCCUGCUUUCAUGGCUGGACCCCACGCUGCUCCAGUCUUCUUGACAGAGCUACAAAGCCAGGAGGUUCCAGAUGGCAAUCCAGUCAGUUUUGACUGUGUUGUGAUUGGCAAGCCCCCUCCAACUGUUCGGUGGUAUAAGGAUGGCAAAGUGCUGGAGGAAAAUGACCAUUACAUGAUCAAUGAAGACCUGGAGGGUUGCCACCAACUGAUCAUUACUACUGUGCUGCCCAUUGACAUGGGUGUCUAUCGCUGCACAGCUGAAAACAGCAGUGGCAUCGCAGCCACUAAGGCUGAACUCAGGGUUGACAUGUCUUGUAGCUCAGAUUAUGACACUGCUGCUGAUGCCACUGAGACCUCUUCCUAUGUCAGUGCCAAAGGCUACAUGUCUAGGGAAACUGAGACAUUUGAGUCUGUGGCUGAAGAUGAUCAGCUACCGCAAGUUGUGGAAGAGCUUUGUGAUGUUCAUGUAUGUCCAGGGUCACCUAUUGCUAAAAUGCAACUCAAGGUUAAGGGCUUCCCCAAACCCAGAUUAUACUGGUUCAAGGAUGGCCUGCCUCUGCGGCCCUCAAACAGGAUCCUGUUACUGUCAGAAAGAGAUUAUCACAGCUUGGAGAUUCUGGAGGUGAAGAGAGAAGAUAUGGGGGAGUACUCUGCUUACAUCAGCAAUGCAGCCGGUUCUGCUUACUCCUCUGCCAGACUCAUAGUUCUGAGUCCUGGGGAGAAAUUGCCACAAGACAAGAAAGACUCCAAAGAACCUCUGGUGCCUCCACGCUUCCUUGAAAGGUUCAGCAACAGGAAGGUGAAACAAGGAACAAGCAUCACUCUGUCUGUCAAAGUUGAAGGGUCUCCCACUCCUAUGGUGUCCUGGCUAAAGGAGGAAUCUUUGGAGGAUGUCCUGUGGAUCAAGCCUGAUACCAAGGGAUACAAAAUAGCAAGCUCUGGACGCCAGCACAGUCUCAUCCUGAUGGAUGUGGGCACAGAGUACACUGGCGCCUACACCUGUAUAGCUACAAAUAGAGCAGGACAGUCCAUCUGCACUGCACACCUUGAGGUGGAUGACACACAACAACUGAAGAAAGAGGCUAAAGCUUCAGAGGUUCUUGGUAUCACAGUUAGUCCUCCAGAAGGGGAGGGUAGCAGCACAAAAGAGGGUAAAAUGCCCUACAUAGGUGAAGUAGGUACAGAGGAAUUCCUUAUGAAACUCACCUCCCAGAUCACUGAAAUCGUAUCGGCCAAGAUCAGCCAGGACAGCUUACAGAAUUAUGAAGUGCUCCAGUGGAUGAAAUCUUGGCCCAAAACUACCACUUCACUACGUGUACCUGGGGUUGACAGCGAUGACGAGACCAAGACUCCUUCUCCAUCGCCUCAUCACGGUCGCUCUCGCCCUCCCUCCCUCAUAGCUGACUCCUCCUCAGAGUCUGAUGAGGGGGACGCCAGGGGGGAGAUGUUUGACAUCUAUGUGGCCACAGCUGACUACAACCCCACCAUAGCGAGCAAAGAGUCUAUUUCUCUGAAGGAGGGACAGUAUGUUGAGGUUUUGGACUCGGCUCAUCCACUCAAAUGGUUAGUCCGGACCAAACCAACCAAAAUGACUCCAUCCCGCCAAGGCUGGGUCUCACCUGCCUAUUUGGACAAGAAACUCAAACUCUCAGCUGAUGCAGGUGACCUUCCAGAGACAAGUGCAGAGGAGGUGUCAGAGGGUGAAUACAAAAGGAAACUAUUCCAACUGAUCCAGGAACUGAUGAAUGGUGAAUCAGAGUUUGUAAAGGAGAUGAACUUCUUCACCUCCCAUCACAUGAAGCACGCAGACAGCCCUGACACACCACCUGAUGUCAGUAGCCAAAAAGAAACUAUUUUCAGGAACAUUGAUGACAUCAAGUCCUUCCACAGCAAGGCAUUCCUCCCAAAGUUACACGACUGUGACACAGAUGAUGAUGUAGCCAUGUGUUUCCUGAAGAACAAGGACGGCUUUGAGCAGUAUCUCCAGUAUCUUGUUAGUCAGGGUCAGGCAGAAUCUGCUGUCGGUGACAAGGCAGUACAUCGCUUCUUCAAGGAGUACACUGAGAAAGAACAGGCUGUCGCAGACCCUGCUGAUCCCCCUGUACGUAGCAUCAACGCCUACAUCCAACAACCGCUGGAGAGAAUUCAGAAGUACAAGGCUUUCCUCAAGGAGCUCAUUCGAAACAAGGCGAGGAACGGUCAGAACUGCUGCCUCCUGGAAGAAGCUUAUGCAAUGGUGUCUGCGCUCCCUCAGCGCUCGGAGAACACCCACCAUGUCUCCAUGAUCGAGAACUAUCCUGCCACACUGGAAAUACUUGGAGAGCCAAUAAGACAGGGACCCUUCCAAGUGUGGGAGGGAGCUCCGGGAAUUAGGUCCUCUAGAGGUCACCACCGCCACGCCUUCCUCUUUAAGAACUACUGUAUAAUCUGCAAACCCAAGAGAGACAGCAACACUGAUACACAAGCAUAUGUCUUUAAGAACAUGAUGAAGCUGAACGACAUUGACGUGAACGAGACAGUGGAGGGCGAUGACCGCGCCUUUGAAAUCUGGCAUGAGCGCGAGGACUCGGUGAGGAAAUAUACUUUGCAGGCUCGAACUGUCACCAUCAAGAACUCCUGGCUGAGAGACUUCAGAGAACUGCAGCAGCGAUACAGCAUGCCUGCGUGGAGUCCCCCUGACUUCGAUGAAAUUCUGGCAAACUGCACUGCAGAGCUGGGACAGACUGUAAAACUGGCCUGCAAAGUUACUGGAGUACCCAAACCUACAGUCACCUGGUACAAAGAUGGACGUGCAGUGGAGGCAGAUCCUCAUCACAUCAUCAUUGAGGAUCCAGAUGGUUCUUGCACACUGAUCCUGGACAACAUGACAGCAGAUGAUUCUGGCCAGUACAUGUGCUUUGCCACAAGCUCAGCUGGCAACGCUAGCACUCUUGGAAAGAUCACAGUUCAAGUGCCUCCUCGUUUUGUGAAUAAAAUGAGGAACGCUAUCUUUUUUGCUGGUGAGGACGCACAGUUUACCUGUGUCAUACAGAGCGCCCCCAGCCCUAAGAUCAGGUGGUUCAAAGAUGGCAGACUUCUGACUGACCAAGAAAAAUAUCAGACCUACAGCGAGCUCCGUAGCGGGGUUCUGGUCUUGGUAAUAAAAAACCUGACAGAGAGAGACUUGGGACACUAUGAGUGUGAGCUGUCAAAUCGUCUGGGCAGUGCCAAGUGUGCUGCUGAUUUAGUCCUACCCUCUGCUGUGGCCCGAACUGGUGAACAGGCCAUCACUAUUGAAGUUACUGAGCAGGAGACAAGAAUACCAAAGAAAACCAUCAUCAUUGAGGAGACAAUAACCACUGUGGUGAAGAACCCUCGUAUGAGGAGGCACAGAUCCCCCGGUUUGACUCUUGUUGGGACCCACCGCUCUGAGACUUCCACCCCAGAGCCCCCGUCUGUCCGGGUAAGGAGGGUUCCCACUCCACGGAAGACAACCAUCCCUACCCUUUAUGUUACUCAUGCUGAGGGUGCUCAAGCCAGAGUCAUAGAAAGCAAGCCCCGGUGGGUAGAGGUCGAAGAGGUCAUUGAGUACAAGGUGAAUAAAUCUCCCAGGCUCCCCAGGAGGAGAGGCGUCUCACCUGCAGUGUCUGAUCGCGUAGCCACUCCAUCCAGACCUAAAAGGUCUCCACCUGAAAACCCCAACGCUAACAAUUCAAACAACAAGCUGGUGGAGCAGGCUCAGGCUGAGCUGCAGACAGACGUCAGCAGUCAGCCCCUCUCCUGGGAAGAAGUGGAGGGUAAUGCUAGCUCAAGUUCUUCAGCUGCAGAGCCACAAGAGCUCUCAACUGACCUCACUCCAGCUGGAGAGGACAGCGACGACCUAGACGAUCAACAAACGGUCAUCUUUGAACCCGAUGAUGAGGAUAAUGAUCUCGAUUUGUUCAGAAAGCAGGAACCAAAGAUCCUGAAACACGGAGACCGUGUUUUGACCCUCGAGGACUUGGAGGAUUACGUACCAGAAGAAGGAGAGACCUAUGGCUCGUCCAGUGUUGCUGCUGAAAAGCCAUGCGAGAUCUCCGUGUUGCAGCGGGAGAUCGGCGGCUCCACGGUGGGACAGCCAGUGCUUCUCAACGUGGGGCGGCCUGUUGCUGCGCCGAGGCAGAGGAGCAGCUUCUUCGGCCGCUUCAAGGACCAUCUCGCCAGUAACCUUCUCUCCUCCACUGUCACUCCAGCCAGCGGAACGCAGUCCAGGGUGGAGAGGUGCGUCCCGAUCCAAGUGAGCCACGCCAACCUGGAAGUGAAGCCUUCAUACUGCUCAGAGGUGCAGAGAGGUGAGGGCAGGCAGCAGAGCUUUAAAACCAAAGUGUCAACUCAGACCUACGGCUACACAUCAGUGGGAAACCCAGUCACCCUUCAAAUUAGAGAUCAGAAUUAUCAGAACCAGUAGAAACGACAGUUUUUAAAUUUGAUACCACAAACCAUCUUAGUCUUAAACAGACAUUUCUACUUGCAUAAUGAAAAAAAAGCAGACGUAUAUUUACUGCAUUUGACUGACCAUUCCACUUUGAAUCUUCCUGUCAGAAAAUAAGCUCACCCUCCUUUUUUCGGUCAAAUGGAUUUGACUGGUCGAAGUGAGUUGGUAUGUAUGUCACAGUAAACAGGUUUCAGUCCAGUGCUGUUCUGUAACAACUGCCUUACGUAUACACCUAUGCGACGUGGCCGUGAUGGACAGAAGCUAAGAAACUACGGUUUAACAUUUCACCGAUAAUAUAAUGUAAUGAAUAUAAUGAAUUCUACCACCCGAUCCAUACAUUGUCCUCACUGACAACUAUUUAUAAUCGAAUACGUUUAGAGUAGAUUUUCUGAUUUUAAUUGCCUUUUGCACUUUUGCAGUGCUUUGGUCAAUAGUUAACUCACUACUAAUGUAGUCAUGACGACAUGUUUUCAGUAUUACUCAUUUAAUUUAUUUAAAUAUGCGACACUGAUAGUGGAAAAUUGACGGCAGAAGUGUGCUGACUGGGCUGUUGCUCUAAGCUUAACAGUCAAAUUAUCAUCAGACAAUGAAUUGCUUGGUGAGCAGCUUAAUGACAUUUCUACAAGCAAAUCGUUUAGUUGAGCCUACAACCUCUCUCUCGUCAGAUCUCUGACGGUGCCCGACUGCCCGUUUACAGAUGUCUUGCAAAUUAAUUGUGACAUCUGUUGAUUGCAGUGCGAUGACCUGUGCACUCACAGGGACUUUCAUAUGUAUGUGGUAGAUUAUUUAGACGAGUGACUGCAUGUGUUUGCUUUCCCCAAAGCAAAUGGGGUUUAUCUGAAGUGAUGUGACCUGUUGCGUCACGUUUGAUUUUAAGCAAAUGUUUGAGCUAAGUAUUGGGGCUCACAGAAUUUUACUACCUUUCAAUGCAAUUUAAAGAAGAGUGACUCUAGCAAGUGCCUCUUUAAAUGACGUGUGGUGCUGUUCAAAGGUGUUUUAGUCACAAGGAUGAUGGUUUAUAUUCAAAAAAAAAAGCACUAAUGGAUGAUGAUUGCUUGUACUGUACAUGUGUAGUUUUUGAAAUCAUGAGUGUUACAUAUAAAUUAAAUAAAUGUAUUAAAUAAUGA